UGCGCUCAUGAACAAUCUUCACUGCUGCACGUUUAAUGGAAGACCAAAUAUAUUGAUUAUAGGGGGGAAGCGUUUAACCGUCAAUUCACAUCCUUCUGUAUUGUUUUAUCUAUUUACAUUGUAGAUUUCUCCGUUGUAUCUUUCAGACCUGACGUCUAAAUAGAGCACCCACAUUGAAUUCGACAUACUGUACAGUUUGCGAAGACACAUGCUUUAAAUACAUCACGUGUUGACAGUGGACAGGACAAGAAAUAAAUGGUUCAGAUGUCUCUAUUUUAUAGUCGUUUCAUGGUUGCAUCCUGCAAACCGACUUUAUGGGUAUGGAGAGAUGUUGAUCCUGACCAUAGCUCCAGAAUACUGAGCCAAUUUUGGAGGAAGUUGUGGACUUCAGAAAGAACCUAUACUGACUCAGUUCCUUCAAGCCCUGGUUCUGAUCUCAGAAAUGUGGAGAUGUCAUCUCAAAGUGAGAAAGACUUUCACACUCCUGUUAUGGUGAAAGAGGUACUGCAGUGUUUGGACAUUCAACCAGGACAGGUUGUCCUGGACUUGACCUUUGGGGCUGGAGGCCACUUGAAGGCCAUUCUGCAGUCAGUGCCUGGUGUAACAGUGGUGGCGGCAGAUCGUGACCCCUUGGCGUUCCAACUGGCUCAGUGUUUAUCUCAAGAAUACCUGGGCCAGGUAAAGCCAGUGCUUGGGAGGUUCAGUGAACUGAAUAACCUGCUUCCAACAUUGGGUUUGGGACCGAGAGAUGUGGAUGCUGUCCUUCUGGAUGCUGGUUGCUCCUCCAUGCAGAUGGACUUAGCAGAAAGAGGCUUCUCCCUCAGCAAGGAUGGACCACUAGACAUGAGGAUGGAUGGAGACAGGUACCCCGACAUGCCCUGCGCGGCUGACGUGGUCAACGCCUUAGAUCAACAGGCGCUUGCGUCUGUGCUGGCUGCGUAUGGGGAGGAGCGGCACGCCAAGAAAAUUGCUGCGGCCAUCGUACAGGCACGAAGUGUAUACCCCAUCAGCCGGACCAUACAGCUGGCCACCAUUGUAGCAGGAGCAUUUCCAGCCAGUGCACUGUAUGCCCGGCGUGACCGACUGCAGCGGCCGUCACACGUGGCCACCAAAACCUUCCAGGCCUUACGGAUGUUUGUGAAUGAUGAGCUAAACGAGCUGCACACUGGUUUGUCUGUGGCACAGACUGUUCUCCAUCCCAAGGGGCGACUCUGUGUUCUCACCUUUCACUCCUUGGAGGACCGGCUGACCAAGCGCUUCCUCCGUGGAGAGGACUUGGCUGCCCCGCCAUGCCGUAGCAUUCGCCAGCGAGCCAAAGCCCAGAAUAGAGUAGAAGAAGAGGAGAAAGAAGAUGAGGAAGAGUAUGAAGAAGAGGAGAGGGGACGAGAGAGCGCCCAUUGGGUUAUUCUGCAGAAGAAGGUGAUGAAGCCAAGUGAGGAAGAGGUACAGGAGAACCCAAGAGCACGAUCAGCUAAACUCAGAACAGCCAUAAGACGUUAGAGGUGUUUCAAUCUCAAACAGUGUGGAAAAAAACUGAUCAGAGAUUUAUUAAAAAUGUUAGUGUAAAAUAAACAAUAGAAUUCCAGUAUUUGUGUUUUGGAACAGUUGAAGAGUACAGAUAAAUUGCACUGAAAUCCAGAAAAUGCCUGACUGAACGGCAUGAACUCACAUGACAAACUCAAUUAUAUGUCAGGUUGGGGGUGCUCAAGGUUGAAUCCAUCUUGUUCCUGCUGAGCCUUUGCCUCCCCAGAACACUAAUAAUUACACCAUACCACAUUACUGGUUCUGUGACUUCACCUCAAAGCCAAAUUCAGGAUCACUUCACACAUGGGUUCUAUCCAUCUCUCACCUUUUCCCUGACUCAUUUUUGCUGCACACAUCCUAUAGGACAAAGUCUGGCUGCUUCCUAUGAAGUUUCUAAAGUUUCCAUUAACAGCUAGAAUAAGAUUCUUCAGUUAUUACACACUGUUCCGUUUAAGAACAAUUUCCGUUGAAGAACAAUAUUCACUGUGACAAGAGGCCAGGAUAAUUUUCACAUGUGGAAAAUUAUAAAAAAAAUUACGUAAAACAUUUGACACAAUUAAUGAGUAUAGCUUCACAUCACUGCAGCAAGUGUUGGGGUGCAAACGUGGGUGUAGAGCCCACAUGUAAGUUGACAGUGCAGCAUGUGACAUAGAGAGAGAAAAAAAAAGAGACGAAGAGAUUGCUUCUCUAUGCAGUGGCCUCUCUCCCUUUGUUGAGCUUGUUGGGUGAGUCACACACCUGCAGGACUCGGGUGGGAUUCAGCUACCAUGGUAAUACUCAGCACCUUGUGUACUCUACUCUGUUCAUUGAGUUGCUUGAUUCACAUGCAUAUUCCCAAUUAGUCUCUGUUUUUAACACCCAAUUAAAUUGUUUAACUCUGAAUGAGUAUUAAUGCAGCUAUUCA